UCCGAGAGGAGCCUGGACAAAAAUGCUCACUUCCGGUGAAGGGGUAUUGGCGGGAGCUCUCUGAUCCAGGAUGGAGGCGAAGGAGAUGCUCUUGAGAAAGACUCUGCCACUCCCCCCCGAGCCGCGCCUGGGCCAGGACUCAGGAUGGAGCCCAUCUGGAGAAGGCUUUGCUCAGGGCCUCAAAGACUUGCCACCUGGCACGAGACGUGCCAUACUUGCUCUCAGGAGCCUCCCCCAGGGCUUGGCCUUGGGUCCCUCCCGCGCCAGGAAACACCACUUAGGGGUCUGGUGUGUCGGAGAGCCCCUGCAGCUCGGACUGCGUUGGGGACCUCUGGAAGUGGACUCCGGCCUGGAAGAGAAGGGCGAGGGAGUGAAGCCACCGCACGAAGAGGUCCUGUCAUUAGGCUGGUGGGGAGCCAUAUGUACCCGGAAGCAGAGUUCAGCUUGGGUCAGCUUGGUGCAACAAGCUGGCCUGCAGAGUGAUGGAAACGUGUCCUUGGUCUGGAUCAAUGGGAAGCUUCACCUGCAGGUGUACCAGAUUGUGUUCCCAGGCUCUGAGUUGCUGCUGUGCCCACAGUCUCCCUCCAAGAACCUAAGUGUCAUGCGCCCCAGGCUAGAGGAAGAAGCAGCUGUAGUGCCGGUGGCAGAAGAGGAGUCUGCUAGACAAGAAGAAGUGGCCCCCCGACAAGAUGCAGCAGAGUCUUGCGCAGAUCCUGGGCAUGAGUCACUCCAUAGUAUGCAAGGAGAAAACAUGGUAAGUUCUGGAGCCGUGGCCCAAAUCCGAGAUCAGCCUCUCAAGGACAGCCAGCCCCUUGGCCUGUUGCUUCAAGAUGACAGCAUGGAUAAAGAUGGCCUGCCACAGGCACCACCUGAACCUCAGGGCAUCUUAGCCGCCCAGAAGAGCCCAGAGAGCAAGGAUACCAGUUUAUUAACUCCCAGAGGGGCCCAGGUGCAAACCUUCCCAGCCGAGAAGUUCCAUGUCCCCAGCAAUGGAUGCCUGUCCACAGUGCAGAUCUCAGAGCCCAGAACCCAGCUUCCCAGCUUCCCUGUACUGCAGUGUAGCCCUCCUCACCCGGUAGGAGACUCUUCAAAGCAGGGGCGACGAUACCGGUGUGGGGAGUGUGGGAAGGCAUUCCUGCAGCUGUGCCACCUCAGGAAACAUGCAUUUGUGCACACGGACCACAAGCCCUUCCUGUGCACCGAGUGUGGCAAGAGUUACAGCUCCGAGGAAAGCUUCAAAGCCCACAUGCUGGGACAUCGAGGGGUGAGGCCCUUCCCUUGCUCACAGUGUGACAAGGCUUAUGGUACCCGCAGGGACCUCAGAGAGCAUCAGCUGGUCCAUUCAGGUGCCCGACCCUUCGUGUGUGAGCUGUGUGGCAAAGCCUUUGCUCGCCGGCCUUCCCUGCGGCUACACCAGAAGACCCACCGGAUGCCAGAUACCCCUUCCCCAUGCCCAUGCCCAGUGUGUGGGCGGCUCCUGGCCACCCAGGGUUCACUGCGGAACCACAUGAGGCUCCACACUGGGGAAAAACCCUUCCUGUGCCCACACUGUGGCCGAGCAUUCCGCCAGCGGGGCAACCUCCGAGGACACUUGAGGCUGCACACAGGGGAGCGCCCUUAUCCAUGCCCACACUGUGCCAGUACUUUCCCCCAGCUUCCCGAGCUGCGGCGCCAUCUCAUUUCCCACACUGGUGAGGCCUACCUGUGCCCUGUGUGUGGGAAGGCCCUCAGAGACCCACAUACACUGCGUGCUCACGAGCGCCUCCACUCAGGGGAGAGGCCCUUUCAGUGCCCCCAAUGUGACCGAGCUUACACACUGGCCACCAAGCUCCGCCGUCACCUCAAGUCUCACAUGACAGAUAAGCCCUACCAAUGCCCUAUCUGUGGCAUGGGCUAUGCCCUCCCUCAAAGCCUCAAGCGGCACCAGCUCAGUCACCAGCAUGGGGUUUCCUCCAGCCCUUCUCUGCCUCCCGCUGCCUCUGGGUCCACCGCGGUGCUCCUACAAAGUGAGCCAGAGCUGCUGGACGUGUGCAGCCAACAGGAAGUGCCCCCAAGUGGGGGUGUUGUGGAGGUCAGCAUCCCCGAGAACCAGCAAAAGUGCUCUGUAGUACCCGAGGAGCGCCUCGUGCUGAACCACGAUGAUGUGGGCUUUAGUGGCUGGGCCGAGGUGGUGGAGGUAGAGGCAGGCACCUCACGCCUUCCUCGUGUCCACCCCCACCCCUACAAGAGCUCUCCAUAAAGACUUGUAGCAGAUGUGUCUGUAUGCCAUUCUCUUUGGGUCUCCUCUAGAUACAGGAACGAAGUUGACUGGCUCUUAGGGUUGGGAAAGCUCAGCUAUCAAAUCACAGGUCACAUGUCCUCUGGAGUUCAGGUUUUAGUUAAUUUUGACUGCUUUUCACGGCAUCUAAAAGAGGGGUUCCCAACCUGUGGGUCAUGACCCCUUUCACAGAGGUCUUAGGCCUAAUAAGACUAUUGUAAAUCACAUACUUAAAAUUCAUAGAUGUAGCAAAUUUACAGUUAUGAUGAAGUAGCAAUAAAAAGGAUUUUAUGGCUAGGGGUCACCACAGCUCUAAAAGGUUGAAAUGUGGGCACUGGAGAGAUGGCUCAGAGGUUAAGAGCACCUGCUCCUCUUCCAGAGGUCCUGAGUUCAAUUCCCAGCAACUACAUGGUGACUCACAACCAUCUGUAGUGAGAUCUGGUGCCCUCUUCCAGUGUGCAGGCAUACAUGGAGGCAGAACAUUACAUAUAUAAAGUGUGGGUAGGAAGGCUGAGAGCCACUGGUCUAAGGGCUGUGAAAGCUGAAGGCAAUAAACAGUGUGGCUCAGGGGCUGGGUGGAUUUGUGCACUUCCAUAGGCUUGGCCUGCCCACAGGGAAAGUAUGAGGCGUGACAUGGAUGUGAGAUGUUGGGGAGGGAACAAAUGGGUGGGCCUGGUGCACACUGCAGAUUCCACUACUCGAGAAGGUAGAGAGAUUGCUGCAAGUUUGAGGCUGUCGUGGACUGCAUAAAGGGCCUCCCUGUUGAUUGUUAGUAUGAUGGUGGGAUAUAGUCUGGUAGGCUGAAUCAUCUCAGCUAGUCACCUCAAAAUUGUUCUGAACAGUUUGUAAUCCAAAGCCAAUCUUUAGGUGAUGUUUUCCAGCUUAGUGAUGUUAUCAGAGUCUUGGAGGAAUUUCGUUGUGGGGCCCCAUCCUUAUGGGGACUUCAAAGGUCACUAUUAGGCAUGUUCAUGGUUCACUGCAAAAAACUAAU